AUGUAUAAAAAUAAGAUAACGCUACAACCUUCGACGCUGCUAUCGACACCGAAUUCUUCAAUGACGGGUUCUUUUUUGCUACACACAAACGCUUUGAUGACUGAUUCUUUAUUAUCACCAUCAACUUCAUCAAUGGUUGUCGAAUCGACAAAUCCUGGUGAAUGUUAUCAUCAUCAAGUGACUGGUGGUAAGACCAACAUCUUAAAGAACAAAAGAUCAAAAUGGCGUAGUGGAACUUUUGCUAUUCCAAAUGUUACUACGAGAAAACGUUCGGCGCGUCGAAAAUGGAUAGCGAAUUCUGGCGCAUCAAAGUUAAAACCCAUCAAUAAUGAUGAAGCUUCAUCGUCAAUUAAUGCACAAAUUAAUUCACUCGAUUAUAAAAAUUAUAUAGAGUCAUUGCAUAAAAAAGCAUACGAAGAAUUGAAUCGUCAAAUAAAUGUAUAUAGCGAUCAAUUCGUUCAUAAGAUGCGAUGUUUUGAAUCAAUGCCAAUUGAACAACAAUCAAAAUGGUUACGAAACUCUGCUUUACCUUCGGAAUCGAAAAAAAAUGACGAAAUAGAUCAAGAUAUUGAAGGCUUGAUAGUAAGGAUGUCUGGCGAUUCGAUGGAAGUGGCCGAUUAUUCCGCCGUCUAUAAAUAUCAAUUGGAAUGCGGAAAUAAUUUUUCGUCGGCAUCCGAUGAUUCUAUGGACAUGGGUUAUGGGGAUUUGUGGUGA